AUGACACCGCGCCCAUCCGAGUCACUGACUCGCGCUGAAGUGCCAGCGCGUCAGCACAGCCUGUGAGACGUGCUCACCGUGGGCGCAACCUAAUUAUAGGCCCUCAGGCGCAACACAUGAGCGCACACUAUGGCGUACCCAAUGGGCGCUAGCCGUGGCACCCAGAAGUUCCGGGGCCCUCAGGCGCAACACCUACAGCUCAACCCGUGGGAGCCCUUCCCACCCAAAAAACGGCCCCCUCAGACCAAGCUCCCUAGACCACGCACUGUGAGAAUAAAAAGAAAAUGGGAGACACCACAGCUGGGGGGCGGGCAUGAGACAGCAACGCGCAGAUGGCUGCGAACAACACCCAGCGCGGGAAACACAGAAUUUCCUGACUUCGGUGCGAUCCUGGCGGCAAACACUCGUGCGGCCACGCGCAGCAGCGCAGGACGCCCCGGCGGCCGGCCGCGCGCUGUCGGGGCACUGUGGCGCACGCCCUCUCGGGGCGCGAGCCGCCGAAAAUGCGGGAACUGCCACGAGCCAAGGCGGGGACCUGAGGAGCUCCCUGGGCCCUUGGGCCCGGGGCCCUCUUCCUUCAGGACCCCGCUGGCCCGGGGCGACGAAGUGCGGCCACCGACUGGCGCCGCCGGCGACGAGGACGAAGAGGAGGAGGAGGAGAAGAAGGGUGAGGAGGAGAAGGGGAAGGAGGCCAGCGUCGCUGGAAAGCCCCUGCGAAAAACACGGCUGGCGCCGCCCGCUCCAAGCGGGAAGAGGGGCAGCAUGCGAGGUGCCCCUCGUGCGCGGCCGAGGCUUCGUCUGCCGACGUGCGUGCGCAAUCUCGGGAGCUGCGGUCCCCGAUCAGGCCCUUCGCUGCCAUGACCGCCUGCAGCUGUCCAUACUGCGCGGGCCCUCGGCGCGCGUCCAGUGAGGCUUUCAGCUGAUGGCGGUCAUACGCACCAGCUGUGCCGACCACAAGUCCCGUGCCGUUCAUCACCGUCAGGGAAGUGGCAGAGCCUGCAGCGACAGAAAAUCCUUGCACCUAGAAGGCUGCAGCAUGUAGAGAUUGGGGGUAAACAUCUGCAUGUGCAUACCAGCAUGUCCGUACGAAUGCACGCUAACAGCUUGGCAAUCAGCAUGGAUCCGAAUGCAAACCUAAAACAAAACAUCAGUCCAGAACGUCAGUCGUCAUGGUCAGUAAAACGCGAGAAAGCAA